AUGAAAAUUUACUUAUAUCGAUCGCAGUUUAAACUGACUGCUCGAGAAUUAUCUGCAUUUCAGGCUUUUAAUAUUUUUGUUGUAAAAGUUUAUAUAAAGUACUGGUAUACUUCUUCUUGUGGAGAACUAGCUCCUAACAACGAUCUAAAUCUUUUAAAGGAACUCGAUCAUUAUAAAAAUUCAAAUAAAUUAAUAGCUGAUGCCGCAAUCAAAAGCUUCUCAAGACAUUUAUGGUACUUAAGUGAGACACUUAUUGGUUUAGCCUUUUUUGACUACAAAGUGUGUCCUGAAAUGAAAAUAAGAAUGGUAAAAUCACUAGAAAAAAAAGGAGCUGAAUUCCCUCUCCGGCGUAUUACAAUUAAGAUGACUGAAGUUCAAACAGUGCAAUUGUGUGAUUUUGUUUCUAAAAAUACCCUCAAGUUUUUUACGGCCUUGGAUAUACCCCAGAAUUUUUUAAAUCAGCAUCCAAGUACUUGGGGAAGUAAUAAAGAUUUCGUUGAUGGUCGUAAAAGGGUUCAAAAUCUAAAAGUUAUUAAUGAUGCUGCUGAACGUGGAAUUGCGUUAAUUCAAACAUUCAAUGGGAUACUUACCAAUCAGGAAGAUCAAAAGCAGUAUCUUUUGCAAGUAGUUGAACAACACCGACAGAAGUAUCCAAAUCCAAAUAAAUCAACGAUCGAUAUUUGA